AUGGCUUUUUUGGGACUCAGUAAACUUUGGUAUCUCCUAUGGAAGAACUUUACUUUAAAGAAGCGGCAGUUUUAUACUUUACUUAUAGAAAUAGCCCUGACAAUUUUAUGUGGCAUUACACUUUUGGAAGCACGCCACUUCAUCGUCAAACAGAAGAUCAAAAAUUUGACUUUUUCUUCUUAUUCGGUCAGUGAUGUGCCUAUGUUCAUCCAGUACCCCAUGAUGUUCACUUAUCCUUUGGAACUGGCUUAUGUGCCUUCCAAUGUUGAUGUGGUGAAGAGUAUUGUUGAACAUGUGAAAGAUGAUUUAUCUUCCUAUAUAAAUGUUGUAGGCUUUUCUACAGAAAAAAAUUUUGAAGAUUAUGUUAAGAACCCCAAGAAUUAUGGACAUGUUCUAGCUGCUAUUGUGUUUGACCAUGACUUCAAAAGCAGCCAUGAUCCCCUGCCACGUAAGGUAAAAUAUUAUUUGCGUUUUGCUACACAUUUGAUUUACCAUGAAGAAAGCUUUAUGGGUGAAGAAAGCUGGUUUAUAGAUUCUCUCUUUCCAACCAUCCCUUCUUUAGGACCUAGAAACGUAAUGCAUGAUGAUGGGGGUAGCCCUGGGUACAUCAGUGAAGGGUUCCUGGCUGUGCAACAUGCUUUGGAUAAAGCUAUCAUGCUACAUCAUGGCGGCCCUGCUGCAAAGUCACUCUUUGAUGAAGUUUCAGUUCUUGUUGAGAGAUUUCCAUAUCCUCUACAUCAAUUUGAUCUCUUCUCUAUACUUGCUAAUAUUUUCAUCCCUCUAGCAAUGGUCUGUAUCUUCUGUAUAAACCAUCUUACCUUAGUUCAGUCCAUUGUGUCGGAAAAGGAAAAACAAUUGAAGGAAUACCAGCUCAUUUUAGGACUAAGUAACUGGAUGCUCUGGACUGCCUAUUUCCUUACAUUUCUCUGUUUGUAUUGUAUUCACAUCAUUUUUAUGUGCAUCAUUUUAUUUUUCAAGGUUAAACCUGAACCAAUCUUACAAUACAGUGACCCAACACUUGUGUUCACCUUUCUGCUGUUUUAUGCCAUCUCCUCCAUACUUUUCAGUAUUAUGAUUAGCACAUUCUUUAAUAGUGUACAUUUUGCUGUUGGUUUGGGAGGUCUUCUUUACUUUACUGCCUACAUCCCAUCUAUUAAAGUAUCUCUUGGCUUUGCAACUAUGUCAUUCAAGCAGAAGUUGGCUUCCUGCCUCAGCUUUAAUGUUGUGAUGUCCCUGGGAUUUAAAUUCAUACUCACUGCAGAAGCAAAAAAAACUGGAAUUAAAUGGAGAGAUGUGCUUGCACCAAAAAGCAUGGACAAUUUGUUGUUUACCUAUUUUCUGGGAAUGUUUUUAUUAGAUGCUUUCUUAUAUGGCCUUGUGGCCUGGUAUAUAGAAAUGGUCUUUCCAGGAAAGUAUGGUGUGCCCAAGCCAUGGAACUUCUUCAUGAUGCGCUCUUAUUGGUUUGGAGAAACACCUAAAAAGGGCCUUGGAAUACCACCAUAUUAUAAGUCAAUCCAGAGCAAAUAUUUUGAGGUGGAACCUACUAAUAUGGUCACAGGUAUUCAGAUCCAACAUUUAAGCAAGGUAUUCAAAAAGGGUUAUAAUACCAAGAUAGCCAUAAAGGACCUGACUUUGAAUGUAUAUGAAGGGCAGAUCACUGUUCUUCUAGGACACAAUGGGGCGGGAAAAUCCACUACUCUAUCUAUUCUCUCAGGUCUCUUUCCUCCUACCAGUGGAGAAGCCUAUAUUUGUAAUUAUGAUAUCUCCCAGAAUAUGACUGAAAUAAGGAAAUUUUCUGGCUUGUGUCCCCAGCAAAAUCUGUUGUUUGAUUACUUGACAGUAUCAGAACACCUUUAUUUCUAUUGUAUGAUGAAAGGAGCAUCUCACCAAACGUAUCUUCAGGAAGUUGAUGCUAUGCUAGCCUCUUUUAACUUACUGGAAAAGCGUCAUGAAUUUUCCAAGUCACUGAGUGGAGGAAUGAAGCGCAAGCUCUCCAUUAUCAUAGCUUUUAUUGGGGGCUCCAAGGUGGUGAUACUUGAUGAGCCAACAUCUGGCAUGGACCCAGCUUCAAGGAGAUCAACAUGGGACCUCCUUCAAAGCUAUAAACAGAGUCGCACCAUCCUGCUGACCACUCACCACAUGGACGAAGCUGACGCCCUGGGCGACCGCAUCGCCAUCAUGGUUGAGGGAUCCCUCCUGUGCUGUGGCUCAUCAAUCUUCCUAAAACGACUUUAUGGUGUGGGGUACCACAUAGUUAUGGUGAAGGAACCACACUGUCAUGUUGAAGAAAUCUCCAAGUUGAUUCAUCACUAUGUACCAACAGCCACUUUAGAAACUAAUGUUGGUGCUGAGCUGUCAUUUAUUCUUCCACAAAAUUACACUCACAGGUUUGAAGCUCUGUUCAAUGCUCUGGAAGAGGAUCAACAAGCUCUGGGAAUUGCCAACUUUGGUACCUCUAUCACCACUAUGGAAGAAGUAUUCCUUAAGGUUUGUCAGAUGGGAACUUCAAGAACAGAGAACCAAGAUCUGCAGCCUCUUUCAAUAAACAGCAAAGCCUCUAACAUACAACAGGAUAAGAAUACACCAAGUAAUAUGAGAGAAUGUUCACCCACCCAGGAUGAAACCCCUUCUAUUGCAUUUAAUACUGGGUGCUCCCUCUACCGUCAGCAGUUCCAUGCCAUGUUCGUAAAGAAACUGUUGUACAGUUGGCGUAACUGGAAACCAAUUUUGGUGCAGAUACUAGGACUUGUAAUAUCUAGUCUUGUUCUCUUAAAGCCUGAUACCUCUGUGGAUACAGAAGGGGCACGCAGGCAAAUGAAUUUGGAUGACUAUGGUCAGACCAUUGUGCCUUAUUCUAUUUCUGGAAAUUCUAAUUUGACAAUGAAUCUCAUAACACAACUAAAAAAUAUGAUAAAUCCUAAGUACCACAAACUCACGAAAGUAGAAGGUAACAUACUGAAUUACUUGUUGCAUAUUGAAGAAAGUAAUGAUUGGUGUAUUGUUGCAUUUUCCUUUGACACGACAGAAAGUGAAACAGAAAUCACUGCAUUGUUCAACAAUGAAGCAUACCAUUCACCAUCUCUGACCCUGGCGAUUUUAGACAACAUUCUUUUCAUGUCACUUUCUGGGGCUGAUGCUUCCAUAACAGUCUCCAAUAAACCUCAGCCAACCAGUGAAACUGCAGAAUAUAUAACACAUGGAUCGGUGGUGACCUUAAAACUACAGCUGGGCAUGGCUCUUUUGAUCAGUGGAUUUUGCUUCCUGGUAGUUACUGAGAGAGCGACUAAAGCAAAACACAUGCAGUUUUUGAGUGGGCUCUCCAUGUUUGUGUAUUGGUCCUCUGCUCUCAUUUAUGAUUUCAUCAUCUUCUUUAUUUCCUGCUGUCUACUACUGGUAGUCUUCAAAUACCACAAAAUGAAUAUUUAUGUCAUGGAUCACCAUGUUCUAGAAACCUUGCUGAUUCUUACACUGUAUGGCUGGAGUUCCAUUCCCUUCAUAUACCUGCUGAGCUUCCUGUUUUCUGAAAGUACUUCUGCUUAUAUUAAACUUGUCAUAUUCAAUUACAUUUCCGGCGUUCUCUGUGCUGUUGCAGACAGCAUACUAGAAGACAGAAUAUAUAAUGAGAUGUCUAAUACCACCAGAGCCUUCCUGAGAAAAGCAUUACUGGUCCUUCCUACCUACAACUUUGGGAAGUGCAUCAGUGAGUACACUGUUAUCUACCACAAUAAAAUCAUCUGCACCCAGCAAAAGAAAAUUCCCUCAUACUUAAAUUGUAGUAAAGCAGGUAUUGAGAAUAAUAUUUAUUCAUUUAAUGACAAAAUGAUUGGAAAGAAUUUAAUGGCUAUGAGUAUUGCAGGCUUUUUUUUCCUUCUCUUCAUCUUAUUUUGGGAGACUUAUUUAUGGAAAAUAAAUGCAUUUCUCAAUCAGCAUAUUCUCUUUGGCAUCUACAAGAGAUGGGAUAAGGAUAUAGUGUCCAAAGAAUUAUCUGGAAAAUCUGAAGAUGAAGAUAUAAAUGACGAGAGAAAGAGAAUUCUGGAGCAGCCUGAAGAGUUUCUGAGUUAUCCAGUGCUUAUUAAGGAACUUAUAAAGAUCUACUUUAAGUGCCCAAUAACUCUGGCUGUGAAAAAUAUUACACUUGCCAUUCAAAAGAGGGAGUGCUUUGGAUUGCUUGGAUUUAAUGGAGCAGGGAAAACCACCACCUUCAAAAUUCUGACUGGAGAAAAGCCUCCUAACUUUGGGGAUGUAUUCAUUGAUGGCACCAGCAUCACCCACAAUAACCUAAAUGUGAGAUCAAGGAUUGGCUACUGUCCUCAGUUUGAUGCUUUGCUGGAGUACAUGACUGCUUGGGAAAUGAUGAGCAUGUAUGCAAGAGUGUGGGGAGUCUCUGAGUCCCAGAUUCAUCAUUUUGUGAAGAAAUACUUGAACAUGUUUGAGCUGGAUUCUUAUGCCAACAAGCUUAUCAGCACCUACAGUGGAGGAAACAAACGCAAGCUGAGUACUGCUAUCGCCUUAAUGGGAAAAACCUCUGCCGUGUUCCUUGAUGAACCAUCAACUGGCAUGGACCCCAAAGCUAGACGCCUCCUCUGGGAUGCAGUGAUAGAGACACGUGAGAGUGGAAAAGCUAUCAUCUUAACGUCCCACAGCAUGGAGGAAUGUGAGGCCCUCUGCACCAGGCUAGCCAUCAUGGUGAAGGGGAAGCUCGUGUGCUUGGGCAGCCCUCAGUACCUCAAAAACAAGUUUGGCAACAUUUAUAUUCUGAAGACCAAGGUCCUGAGUGAAGAAACAUUAACAGAUUUUAAAAAUUUCAUCACAGAGACAUUUCCAGGUAGUGAAUUGAAGCAAGAGAAUCAAAAGAUCCUUAACUACUACAUUCCACGCCAGGACAUUAGCUGGGGAAAGGUAUUUGGCAUUUUGGAGAAAGCAAAGGAGCAAUUCAAUCUGGAAGACUAUUCCAUCAGUCAGAUCACCUUGGAGCAGGUCUUCCUGAACUUUGCUUACACAGAUGAUGCAGAAGCUGAUACUUCAGAGGUGCCAUGA